GAGAGAGAGCGAGGGAGAGGGAGAGAGAGAGAGAGAGAGCAAGAGAGAGAGAGAGAGGUAUUGCUUGGCAUCGCUCUCAUUCCAGUACCAGGUUCAGUCACAGCUCAAGGGGAUCUUGCAUAUAAAAUUCAGCGGACAUUUUCUCAUUGUGAUUUUUUAUUUUUUAAAAACUGUGACAAUAUACAUUUUUUUGAACUCGUAUUUUAGCGAAGGCUUGAAUGAAAUACUUCUUGCUGGAGUGCCUACCAAGUUCGGAGUGUGAAAAUUCCUGGCUGGUACGUUGGAUAUGUAUUGUGCUGCAGCUCAGCUCCCACAGUCAUAAGCUAGGAUGUGAGUUUAAUUGCAUACUGUACAGAUAGCAGGAAGCUUAGAGCUCUAACCCCCUCACACACACACACACACGCACACACACACACACACACACACACACACAAAAACACAUAAACUCACACACACAUACACACACGCAAAAGCACAUACGCAUACACUCACACACACGCACGCACACACGCACACACACACACACACAUACGCAUACACUCACACACACACACACCCACACACACACACACAAUUGGGGGAAUGACAAGGAAGAGGUUACAGCACAGAGACCAAGGCCGCACUGGAAAAGCCAUGUGCGUUGGCACUGAAGUGGAGACACUUGUGAACGUGCUUCCGUGAGAAUGGGCAUUCGCGAAGGCUGUACUUGGUGGACGCUAACAGAGACAGGCUGGGCUCAAUGACGAACGCUAAUGAAGAGCAGCUAUUCUCAGCCCACACACGGAUUUAACCUGUGGAAAUACACACAGCAGAGCGCUCCUGACACACACGUCCUUCAGAAAGAAUAAAAAUCGGCGAAAAUUCACACACACGGACGAGGUCUCUUGGUCGUCGUGUGAGAUAGAGAGUGGGAGAGAGAGAGGUAGCAGAGAGAGCAGUCGGGGGGGGGGGUUCACAGAAGAAGAUGAUGGAAAAGCUGGAGCCCCCCAUUUCCCCGGGCCCCACGACCCCGGUGGGGAGCGACAAACAGAGCCCGACACAGACGGCGUCUCCCUGCAGCAGCCCCCUGCCUGACGGGGCCAGGACGCAGGGGGCCACGGCCCAGAGCAGCCCCUCUACGGAGACCUCCACCCAUACCCCCACCCACAGCCCCACCCACACUCACAACCAUCGCCCUGCACCUGAGCCUGUCACCCCAGGGACAGCCAACCAGGGAGCAGGGACCGGCUCUCCUUCAUCUACUCCACCCCUCCUUCUCCCCAGCUCUCACCCUGCCCCCACAACACCUCCCUUCACCCGAUCCCCCUCCACCCCUCUCCCACCCAACAUCCCGGUCAUCAGUCUGGGGCACAGCAAGCCCCCCAUCCCCCUGCCCCUCCCCAGCCCCCAGCUCACCGCCCUGCACCCUAUCCCAAACCUGGCCCAGCUGACCUCGCUCUCCACCCCCAUGGCCUCCCCUGGUCCUCUCCUUCCCCCGGGAUACCUGCCUGGACCCCCCUUCCUCAACAGCGCUUACCUUGGUCCAUCAGGAAACUACGGCAUCUUCACCAGCAGCCGUUCAAAGAGAAGGCCCUCCCUCCAUUUUGAGAUGGAUCUGGCUGAAGCAGGUCCUCCUCAGAAGCUGGCACGCCGUGUCUUCACCAACAGCAGGGAGCGCUGGCGGCAGCAGAACGUGAAUGGUGCUUUCUCAGAGCUGCGGAAGCUCAUCCCCACACACCCGCCGGACAAGAAGCUGAGCAAGAACGAGAUCCUGCGACUGGCCAUGAAGUACAUCAGCUUCCUGGUGCAGCUGCUCAACGACCAGGCGGGGGACCUGGCCCAGGACCUGGAGGUGGAGCAGGGUGAGGAUGAGGACGCCGAGGAGCGGAGGAAGGGGCUCUCUUCGCCAGACCUGCGGCACGGCACCCCUCCUCUGGGUCCCCCGUUACCCGGGCGACCGGCCUUGAUCACCGCCUUCCACGACAGGAACUCCUCAGAUUCCAUGAUUGCCCUGGUAACCUCCCCAAACUCCAGCUGCUAUGGAGACACUGACAGUGAGGAGAGCCUCGGGCCCAGGAACUCUGUCAUGAUCGCCAGCGGCAACGGCGGCCUUGAAAAGGUCAAGGAACAGAUGCGGACCAUGGCUACCGCCAGGGAGCAGCGGUGACAUGCCAUUUGCAGUGAUACUCUGCGCAACCGUGAGACUGAACAUCUAAACUGACAGUAUGCAAAUACAAUACCUUUCAUUUAUUUUCACAAUUUGACUGUGAUACAGUAUGUUUGUAAAUAGUUGUGUAUAUAUUGACUGUGUGCAUCCUCAUUGGUGUUGGAAUUGAAAAUAGACAUAGAUAAUAAUACACAUAGAUAAUAAAUAGUUUACAAUCUUCUGUAUUACCAUAGAAAAGUAAUUGCAGAGAAAAGCACAUCCUGGCCUCAGGUGUGUCUUUAUGUGGUGCAGAGCUCCGAUCAAUCUGGCCCUGAGGCACACGGGAAUAAAAAAGACAAAAGCAAAAAACAAUAUGCUGCCAGGGGGUGUUUGUGUGUGAGAAUGAGCUAAAAGCUAAUGAAGGACUAGCAAGAGCCAUAUACUUGCUUUUGUGCUGUAUUCCCAUCAAACAGUCUUGGGGCAUAUUGAAUAUUAAACCCCUGUACAACAGGACAAACUAAUAAACAGCUCCCACUUGCCUGUUUCAGAGAAAAAGAUCUACUUUUUGUCCACAAUGUCCAUGAGUACUCUCAUAUGCACUGUUUGCUUCACAGUAUUUUUUAACAACAUUUUCUUUUACAAAAACCAGAGACAGCUAAGUGGUCAAUUCAUUUUAAGGCUGUAAAUAAUGAAAAUAAUAACGUCUUUUUAAUAUCAAGGAAAAUAGAACAGAAAAAAGGAAAAUUAAACUAUCACCCCAUUCAACAGACAUUGUGACAUUCGUUGUUGCACUAGACGGAAAGAACAAGCCCCAUCGUUCAGUUUAGCCUUCCGUAUUCAACAUCCUCUUAUCACACAAACAGACCCUUUUAAUCAAGAGCUCAUACUUUCUCUAGCUCUCCAGAUCUUCUCAGAAAGAGCCUGUCCACUGUAUUAUUUGCUUUGUCUGCUUGGAGGGGAAAUUCGUGUAUUAUCAUAUUUUCCAUUGGAAAUGAUAAAAGUAACAUGUUUUACUGAUGCAAUUGUUUGUGGAAAAACAGAUAGUCCUUGGCCGGCUAUGCUGUGGAAGUAGUGUGAGGAGGAUGUGUGUUCAUAUUCACGUGCUUUCCUAAAUAAUCUGAAGCAUAAAUCACAAAUAUAUUUCAGGAAGUUAGAUAUGCUUCACCAAUUUUUUUUACAAGAUUGUAGAAUAUUUCAAAUGUUCCUCCUUCAGUUGAUAAUUAUUUACGAACUCACUGCAAGGAUGAUCUUUCUUUCCCAUGGAACUGGAAUUCAGCUCUGUGAAACCAGCUUCAGUUCUUCAAGAUUUAUGUCAAAUUGCGUGCUACAAACAGACUCUGUAAAGAAUUUUGCAAAGGUUUUAUUCAAGAAAUACAUAAAAUCACUAAAAUGUCUCAUUAUAUCUACUGAACUAA